AUGGAUGACAUCGGCUCCUGCUGUGAGAUACGAGUACAGAGUAGGCUGCCAUCCAGGCUUGCCGGCCCAGCUGACGUGGCCACAGUGGCCAACUACCUUCUCCACCGCCACACCGUCUUUAAGACGCUGGUUGCUCACCGGCAGUACGAGCAUGUAGCCCCCCAGAUCGGCGGGCAGCUUGUCCGCAAGACGAGGCGACUUCUCGCUGCACUAAAAUCAGGAAAGAGCCCCUCAGCCCGAAGCGGUGGUGGCCCACUGAGGAAAUUCUGGUGCACGAUUGGCAUGUGCGCCAUGUUCCCAGGAGUCCCUGAAGCAAACCAGCCUCCGCAGGCCAGCAUUCUCGCGAGCAGUCCGCAAGAGGAUGAGAGGAGGCAGAGGGACAGGUGGCCGGGCGAGUACAACAAUCGCCAGCAGCAGAAGGGCAGAAGCCAGAGCUCGAGGCAGUUGGAAAACGAGAUAAGCAGCACCUCGUGA